AUGUCAACCACGGCUGAGGAAUCAGCAAUUGAUGCUGCCCUGGAAUCAGCAAUUGAUGCUGCCCUGGAUGGUAUGGAGUUGGACGCGGAGGAAGACGCAGAUCAAGUCGAUUUGAGUGGUGUGUCAGCAGCCAACCAGGAGCAACCACCGGCAGCAACCAGUGAAGUCAACCCAGAAGCGUCACCAACUGUUGUUGAAACCAGCCUGCCCAAUGCAGACACAUUGGGACCUAUGGAUGCAAUACCCAUAGGAAUCUACCUCGCAAUUGGACAUUGGCUUCCACCUGCACUGGCAGCGGGAGCUUUGAGCUUGCUGCUGACUGUCGACUUCCUAUUCGCCUGUGAGAUUGAGAAGUUCAAGCAGCGGAUGUUGGUUGAUCACGUCCUCGACAGGGAUACCUGCUUGUUUGAAGACUUGACCAAAAUGACAAGCCAAACUGAGCGCAAAUGCGUUCGCCACCAGAGAGCUUGUGAUCUGCCUCAAGACCUGUUUGGUUUCGUGUCGGGCUUCAGUUGCAAAUCUUUGUCCAAACUCCAGAAUGAUGCAUCGCUGAAAAAAGCCAUGUCAAACAAGAACCAGGACUCAACUUCCUAUCGUACAUUCAAGGGCAACCUGGAUGUUCUCAACUAUUCCAGGCCAAUGUGGGUGGCAUUGGAGAAUGUUGACGUGGGAGAUUGCAGUGAUGAUGACAGCAACGGCGCAGUCAUCUCCAAGCUUUUAAAGGAGACUGGAUAUCAUACACGCAUGGUACUGUUGGAGGCAUGUCAGUUCGGGCUGCCACAGCGUCGAGUGCGCCUCUUUAUUUUGGGUGUCCACAUUGAACGAGCUCAAGCAGAGUUGAUGUCUUCUCCAGAGAACAUUCUCAACGAAUUGGUGACCAUCUACCUACCUGCCAUGAAGUUGUCAUGUCCAUCAGUGGACUUCUUCCUUCGACCACAUGAUGAUGAUGACAUCGUAGAUGAACUGCACCGCCGACAAGACAAGUUCCCUGCCACCAUCAUCAGCGCAUUGGCGAUUGGAUUUCUAUGUUGUUUGCAAUUCCCAACGGAACAGGACGAUCAAGACAUUGGCGAAAUUGAGGCCUUGUUGAACAGGUGCCUUGUUUGA